UGAGUCAACAGUCUUUGUCUUUUUGCCAUCAUAUUAUUGACAACUACUUCUUCACAAUAAGCUUUCAUACACCUACACACUGUUCAGUUACAAACCCUGCAAAAUCUGCAUUUUCACUCUCCUUCAUACCCGAAUUCUGAUAACUUGUUUGAGAUCAUAUCAUGGCUGGUUCACUUGUUGGUGGAGCUUUUCUUUCUGGCUUCAUUAACGUUGUCUUUGACAGGCUCCUUACAAAAGAUGCGGUCAACUUGGUGUUGGGCAAGAAGCUUGACCCUGACUUGGUUAAGAGGCUGAAGAUUUCUCUGCAUGCUGCUGAAGCUGUGCUUGAUGAUGCUGAGUACAAGCAACUGGGCGAUGAAUCUGUGAGGGAGUGGCUCAACGAUCUUAGAGAUGCUGUUUAUGAGGCUGAUGACUUGCUGGACGCUGUUCUCACCAAAGAGGCUAUUCAAAAGGAGGGAAGUUCUUACUGGCCUGAUUACUUCCUCAACCGCGAAAGGGAGAUGGUAGAUGAGAUGGAAAGGGUGGUUACAAAGAUAGAAUUUCUUGAACAACAAAAAGAUUUCCUUGGUCUUCAAAAGACUACCAAUAUCUUGUCAUCAUCAUGGAGAGAAUCCACAUCUCUGGUGGAAGGGAAUAUAUAUGGCAGGGAGGAAGAUCAACAAGCCUUACUCAAAGUAAUAAAUGACAGCAGUGAAAGUGAGUUAUCUGUGAUCCCUAUUGUUGGCAUGGGUGGGGUUGGUAAAACAACUUUAGCAAAAUGGGUGUACAAUACCACAGAGGGAUUUGAUUUGAAAGCAUGGGUUUGCAUCUCUGAAACAUUUGAUGUUGUUGAGAUUACAAGGAAAACCAUUGAGGAAAUUACUAAAACUACUUGUACCCUUGGGAGUUUGAAUUUGCUUCAGAAUAAAUUGCUGGAGAUCUUGUCGGGGAAGAAGUUCUUUGUUGUUCUAGACGAUGUCUGGAGCGAUGAUGCUGAUAACUGGAAGAAGUUUAAAACUCCUUUUCACUGUGGGGGUAAGGGUAGUACGAUUCUUCUAACAACUCGCAUUAAAGAGGUUGCUUCAGUUGUUCAGACAUGUUCCUCUUGCUUUCUUAACGAGUUGUCCGAAGAUUCUUGUUGGUUACUCUUUGCGGAGAAUGCAUGUUUUCCGAAGUCAAACGGUAAUCCAACAUUAGAGGAAAUCGGUAGAAAGAUUGUCAACAAGUGUAAAGGGUUGCCAUUAGCUGUUGAAACACUUGGGCGCUUGUUACGAGGAAAGGAUGAUGCUAAAGAAUGGAAUGCUGUUUUAAGGAGUGACAUCUGGGAAUUUUCUACGAAAAAUAGUAAAAUUAUUCCAGCAUUGUUAAUAAGCUACUUCCAGCUACCUCCUUACUUGAAGCGUUGUUUCGUUUAUUGUUCCUUGUUUCCCAAAGAUCAUUACUUUGAGAAAAAUGAACUAGUUUUGCUGUGGAUGGCUGAAGAUCUUUUAAGGCUACCAAAGAGAGGAGAGAGUUUAGAAGAGGUUGGUUCUCAGUGUUUUGAAGAAUUAGCUUCAAGGUUAUUUUUUAAACAAGAACGGCGUUGGCAUAAGAUGCAUGAUCUCUUGCAUGACUUGGCAAUAUUCCUUGCUGGAGACUUCUAUUGUAGAAUAGAAGAGCUUGGUGAACAAGAAAAGAAGAAGGUUCUCACUCGUCAUUUGUCACAUUUGCCAUAUAGAAGCUUAGAUCAUCCAAUCGCAGAAGUCUUGGAGUCCAUUGUGAAAUCAGAAUCUUUGAGGACAUCGUUGUAUAUCGAUGAUUUGUUAAGCAUGGAAAGCAGAGCAUCAAAGUUGAAAUACUUGAGAGUUUUAUCCUUUCGUAAACUUGAUGUAUUACCAGAUUCAAUAGGUAAAUUGAUUCAUCUACGCUAUUUGAAUCUCUCUUGGACCGAUGUGGAGACAUUACCAGAGUCACUAUGCAACUUAUAUAAUCUACAAACAUUAAUAUUGAGACAAUGUUCUAAGCUGACCAUGUUGCCCAAUGGCAUGCAUAAACUUGUGAAUUUACUGCAUCUUGAUCUUAGGGGAACUUGUUUGAAAGAAAUGCCUAGAGGAAUAAGUAAACUGAAACACGUGCCUAUUUUAGAUUACUUUGUGGUGGGCAAGCACAAAGACAAUGGAAUCCAGGAAUUUGGAGCUCUCUUAAAUCUUAAAGGAUCAUUUAAGAUUAAGAAGUUGGAGAAUGUUGCUGAUGUCAGACAAGCCAAGAGUGCAAGGAUGCUGGAAAAGAACCACAUUGACAAGUUAUUGUUGGAAUGGUCUUCAGCUAAUAUGAUGGUUUCAAACAUAGAGACUUUGAGAGAUAUACUCGAUAACUUGAAACCACACAAUGGCUUGAAAGUGUUGAGAAUCGAGGGAUACAAGGGCGAAAGAUUUCCAGAUUGGGUGGGACACUGUUCUUACAACAAUAUGAAAAGUGUAACACUAACAUCUUGCAAGAAUUGCUGCAUGCUGCCUUCACUUGGACAACUGCCAUCUCUAAAGUCCCUGCGCAUUGAAGGUUUUGAUCAGCUCAAGCGUAUUGGUGAUGAGUUUUACAAGAGUGACAGCGAUCAUCAUUCUUCGCCUACUGCUCCGUUUCCCUCACUGAAGAGGUUGGAAUUUGAUAAGAUGCCAUGCUGGGAGGAGUGGCACGUACCUGACCCAGAAGCGUUUCCUCGGCUUAAGAUACUUCAAAUAGAACGUUGUCCAAUGUUAAAGGGAGAUAUGCUUAAUGCCAUAUUGUGGAGAAGGGAUUCUUGUUUGGGGGAAGAUGAUGAAGGAAGGUCUGAUGAGAUGGUAGGUGGUGGGGAUGCUUUAUCAAUAAGGCCAUCUCAAUCAUUUAAUGCAACCACCAUCAACCAUCUGUGUUGCCUCCAAGAACUACUUAUUUCAGGGUGUUCGUCAAUUGCAUCCUUUCCGGGUAAUUGUUUACCUAAAUCUCUGCAAAAGCUGAAAAUCUCGAGUUGCCCAAACUUUGAAUUCCUGGAGCAACAGCAGCACAAGUAUGAUUUGGUAGAGCUAGAAAUAGAAGACAGCUGUGAUUCACUGACCUCCUUGUCGUUGGAUGUCUUUCCCAAUCUCAAGAAUCUCAAAAUAUCUAAGUGUAGGAAUCUGGAAUCAGUGUCAAUGUCAGAGGCACCACACGCUGCUCUUCAACGUGUCUACAUUUCUUUCUGCCGCAAAUUAGUGUCAUUUGCAGGAGAAGGACUGGCUGCACCCAACUUGGCUCAUCUUCAUGUCAGAUAUUGUGACAAGUUGGAGGCAUUACCACGUGACAUGAAGAGUCUACUCCCAAGUUUACACUCUCUCCAGAUAUAUGGUUGCCCAAACAUUUGCAGGUUGCCAGAGGGUGGUUUGCCGCCAAACUUGAGAUCACUUAGUUGGGGAAAUGGCGAGCAACAAAUGAGGGAUCUAUCAUGGAUUCCCAACUUGCACGCCCUCACUCAUCUCACAAUUAAUGGUGAUGGGUGUAAGAACAUAAAGUCAUACCCAGAGGUGGGUUCGCUGCCUCACCUUCCCUCCCUUACCAAUCUGACUAUAUGGGAUUUUAAGAAUCUGGAGACAUUGGAGUGCAACGAGCUUCUCCGCCUCACCUCCCUUCAACAACUACACAUUGCAUUCUGUGAGAAGCUGGAGAAUAUGGAAGGAGAAAAGCUGCCUCCCUCUCUCUUGCGACUUCAAGUUGAUUGUUGUGAUUUGCUGGGAGAACACUGCAAGAACAAGCAUCAACUAAUCUGGCCCAAAAUUUCCCACAUCCCCACCAUUCAAGUCGAUUUCAAACAUAUUUCCUAAAUAGAGAUUUCUGAGCAGGCAGAUUGUAAUGAAGUAAAAGGGCCCAAUGGUGGAGAUUUCAUCUUAUGCAAUAUUUUAGCUUCAUGUUGGUAAAAGUUCACAGAUGUUAGAUUUCAUUGCACAUGUAUAUCUAUAUAUAUGGAGAUGUGAACUGGAUUAAUGUGUUGGGAAGCAGUAGUGUUUUCUGAUUUCAGUUUUCAUUUUAAUUGGUAUCUACACUAGUUUAAAUUAAUGACUGAUUUGUAUCGUAGGAUUCAUAUCCACACUACAUGUGGAGUUGCUUGGAUUAUUCAAUUCAAUGCUUUGCUUCAAAGAUAGGAACCAUAGAUGGUUGUUUGGUUAUCAAUAGCAGUCAUGUUUGAAUUUUGAACCAAUAUGCUAAACAAAUGAGUUUCAGUAUCUACUGCAAGGGUUGUAUCAAACUUGAAUUGUAGGCUUUUUCUUUCUUUUUCUUUUUUUUUGGGUUAAAUUUAUAAUUCAAAGGCAUGAUUAUGAUUAACAUCAUUAUUGAAGCUAGCUGAAGUAGUGUUACUUAUAUGUUAAAGCUAUGAUAAUCUA